AGCUGAAGGUAUUUGCAUCAGAUAUGAAAUCCAUGAUUAACAAUGGCAGAGGGAGAAGAAUUUGUUAUUUUAUACACGGCUCAGAAGACGAAGAAAGCUAAGACCUGGCAUGAUGGGAUGCUGAAGGUCUCCUCUGUAGCAUCCAAGGCAGUGUUGUACGAUGACAAGAAGACUCGUCUGGACACACUGUUUGUGAAGGCAGCAGACGUGCACCCAGGGGAACAGAUUGAGAGUGACCGAUACCUCAUCCUCAUCGAGGAGAAGCGAUCUCAAGAUGCCAAGACUUCCACAUCCUCCCAUGUCCCCUCAGCCACCUCCUCGUCAUCUUUGGGUCGACCUGUGGGUUGCAGCAAGGUCCCAACUGCCCCAGGACUGGGACUCAGGAGGGGGAAGAGAAAGGGAUUUGUACCACCGAGAAUUUGUAAACAAGUGGAGGCUGAUCAAGCCGCUGCUGACUUGCCCUCCUUCAGUACCCAACAGGGUAGCACCACCAGACUCAGCCCCCUCCAGGGGAUGACCAGCUACAAGGCCAGCAUCAUGAACCUCUAUUCCCGGAACACUCAGGGUCAGGAUCAGACAUCUUUAGGAGUCCUUACAGCAGGCUCUCUAGAUAGGACAGGAGCAUUUCCCAAAGAAACGGCAUCUCUGUGCAGAAGUGACCAACCAGGCAGCCUUUGGAACCCAGGUAGAACAGAUCGGAGAGGCCCUGGACUGUCUACAGAGAGUCAGGGGAUUGGUCGUGAAGACUCUGACAUCUCCCCUCAACUCACCAGCUUUGUGUCCAUGCUGCAUGGUAGAAGGGGCAGCAGGGAGAGAAGUCCUUCAGGGCAAGAGCGCAAGAGGUUAAAAUGUAAUCCAUGGAGAACAUUUGGCUCAAGAUCUAAUUCAGAUUCUCAAGGAAGCCAGACCAGUGAUGAAAGCUCUCAAGAACAAAACAAAACAAAAACGUUUAUAACAAAUCAUUCAGCUUUCAAACCUAUGAAUGAUAAAUGUAACGAAACUGAGAUGAUUCAAACUGAAGGUGACAGAAACUGUGUUAGAUUAGGGUCUAGCAGUCAUAUUAAGUAUUCUGUCAACGGAAGUCAAACAAACUUUGCAGCCUCAACCAAGAGGUCCACCAGUCAGAUAAUGGCACUAUUGAAGCACAAGACUGUGCCAAACAUUAGUGAAAAUGUCAAAUCGGUAGAUAUGACACCAAAACAUGAGUUACCAAAAAGUGAUAUCUUCGAAGAAGUAGUUCAAGAUAAUAACAGUUCUGACUUUAGAAUGGAGGAGUCUGCUGACGGAGCUGGAUUACUUGAUAUCCCAGGAACUGAUGAUCUCUCAGUUGCACGUGUGGCAAAAAGCAUUAAAAUGGUUCCUGCAUCUGACAGUCAUGAAUGUUCAGAUGAAAAUAAUAAAAACGAAGAAGAUUAUGCCAUUAACCCAUUUGAGUUGUCUGAUGCUACAUUUGACAUUGACUUCUCUCCUCUGUCUCACGUGUCAUCCAGUGAUGAGGAUGAGCAGACGGAUCUGAAAGAUCAGGACUGUUUAGCAGGAGCUACUACUGAAGGUAGGCAUCAUGAAGCAUCUGCUGUAACACGGGGUGAAAGUCCUGGAAGAGCACCAGGUGUUAGGCAGAAAAUGACAGAUGAGAAUGUACACGGUAUAGUAGGAUGUGUUACAACAGAUAAUCCACCAGCAUCAUCUGUUAUAGAACAGGCGAAGAAUCCUUCUGGAAAAGAACUGGAUGCAAGGCAGUCAUUAGCAGAAAACAAUCAACAUUAUACUGCAGAGUGCGCCACAUCAGAAUAUUUCCAAGAAGCUGGUGAUAUUUCUGGAAAAGAAGAGAAUGGACAGCAGGAAAUAGCAGAGGACAAUCAAUACUGUCUAGUAGCAGAUGCUACAGUCUGUAGUCCCUUAGGUGCAGAUCCUGUGAAACAGUUGGAGAGUCUUUCUGGAACAGAACAAGAUGCAAGGCAGGCAACAUCAGAGGACAAUCCUCAGUUUAUGUCAGAGGGUGCUGCAGGUGCCACACCUAAAGAAGCAGCUCCUGUGGAACUGACAAAAGAGUCCUCUGGGGUGGGAGAGGAAGCAGGGCAAUCAUUGGGUGAAUCUGCCAUCAUGUCUGUUGAGAAAGAAGAUCUUUUGUUGAAUGUAUCCACUUUGGAUGAUGUUGGGUCUGUAGACAGUGGUGUAAUUCAACUCAGUGAGACAGACUCUAAAGCAGAUCUUAUUCAAGGUAAUAUAAAAAUGUUGCAGGAUACACAAGAAUUGACAGUUUCCAGGAGAAUCAAGGAUGAUAAACCUGAAAAUAUAGAUAGUCAGUGUUCAGAUAGACAUGAGAGGAAGUUUACGGAUAAUGGUUGUCCUAAUGGCAACCUAGAAACCAGCAGAUCCAUUCCAGUUACUGGCGGGGACUAUGGUACACCUACAUAUAAGAUGGGCCAUACAGAGUCAUAUCCAACUGAAACUCUGGAACAAAACUGUUCUCAAAUAUCAGUGCAUGCAUCUCCAGAGAUUCACAAUAGCAUAAACCCCUUGAGCAAUCUCCAGUUCAGCCCUGACAGUUUGGACCUGAACAGUUCGUUGUCCCAGUUCUCACAGUCUGGCUUCCUUGGGAAACUUAAUGCUGCUUCAGCAGGGUCUGAUAGGAAUGGGAAAUUGUCUUCCUCCUCUCUCAUAUGCCCAUCUUAUUCUGAACACAGACAGUCUGAGCAGCACCUUCAAGACUUCAAACCAUAUUCCUCGGUUGAUACAUCCUUCCAUCAAGAGAAACAAACAUAUUCUAUAUCUAAACCUGAAUUUGUAAACAUUGCUGACUCAAAGCAGUGCAUAAAUAAUCAAAAUGCUCACACAGAACUAGAUUCUUUUGGUGACAUGUUUUCGUCUCCUUCAAGGAAAAAUGACAUUGAGUACAGAUUUCCAUCUUCCAGUGAGUCUGUGGUAUCAACUAUGUUAGGUGGUGAUGUUGGUCAGUCGGGACUUGCCAAUGAGGGCAGGAUGGUCCUCUCUGUUGAUUCUGACAAGUCGUUCCCUAUUCCUGAUACUCCAAAUAUACCCAUGUCCGGCAGUCAGACAUCACAGGAUACAAUGCUGGAGUAUCCUCAGGAUGUCAGUAACCAUUCUUCAGGUGAAAGUCCCUUGUCAAGUACCCGGGCAUUUCAGAGGACGUUGCCAGAGACUGUGUCCUCUAUACAGAGACAGUACUUGACGUCUGACAGUAUGAUUUCAAUGCGAGGUCGGCCCCAACGUGAGUGUCUACUGAAAGUCAGUAGUCCAGACCAGGAAGCAUUUGUCCUUCAAGCAGAUGGACAUACACUGAAACACAUCCCUUCUGCUGCUAAAGGACAUCUGAGACUUAAUCCUGCAAAUUCCGAUGGACAUCACCAGCAUAGGCAUGACCUUGCCAUUCAUGGACGUCAACGGCAGAGACAAAACUGUGGUAUUCCUGAUGGACAAGCAGCAUUGAGACAGUCUGAGGCUGAGGAUGAUUCCUGUGUUCAGAGACAAGAAGGGACUGAAGGAGUGGAUGCAGCACCUCCCCUGUCUCCCCCCAGCAGACAGAGGCAGGGGGACACAUGGAACCCUCAUCAACAUCAGGAUGUACGAUGUCAGAUUAGUCGUAAGCUUGAUGGCUACUCAGUGAAGGGGAUGGUAUCAAGUGGAGUUGUGAGGAGGGAUGAUCCACUGAGAACAUCCACGCAGGACUUGCCAGAGGAUCCUCUUGGGGGCCCCUCCUUCACUGGAUGCACCAGGCCAUAUGGGAGGACAGGCACAGUCACACAGAUUCAACUAAAGGCUGCACUAGAGAAGGUGUCUUCUGAUGGCAAGCAAACUGACUGUCAGACUUCUCCCGAACUCAGUGAUCUACUCAGUUCUCAGUUUCAGCUGUGCCAAGUGAAACGAGACUCAUCACCCGAACAGUUCAAGCUCAGGAUCGGUUCGGUGGGACAGUUUCCUUUAAUGAAAAGAAAUGAUUUUCACAGAGAUUUUGUUUCAAGUCCAGCACCUUCUUUGCUUGUUGCCGGGCAUAGAGCCACAUCUGAUGACCAUUGGUUAGUGAACGAUAGCCAGUCCUCCACAUCUACAGCAGAACCACAGCCUGAGCUGGGGCAUGUGCCCAGUAUUACUGCCCUUCUCAAGUCAGAACCACUUCAGAAGCUACCCUUUGCUAGGCAGUUCUCAAGAUACACAGAAUGUACCACAGUUUCUAAGAGGAUCCACUCCUCCUCCUCAACCGGUUCCAGUCCCAUCAACAACCAUGUGGUGCCGGAUCUAGAUAGUGAUUUAAGGAAGGCUGUAUUAUGUCCAAGAUUGGAGGAGUCAGUUGAUACAACCCAGCCUAGUGGGAUGCACAUGCUGCCAUUAGUUUCACAACAGAGGAGGAAACCUAUCAAGACCAACCCAUCUACAGAUGGGAAACAGGUGGAAGGGUAUGACACUUACCUGGAAUCUUCAGGUGAGACCGAGACAGGUGGCAGGUGGACGAGGGAGGAAUCAUAUGGAGGAGGUACUGGCUCUACUGGUACAGUAGAUAGUGAUCAGCUGCAUGGGCGGUCAAGUAGACAUCUGGGUCAGGAACAGAUUAAAUAUUGCAGAGAAGGAUUAAAGAGGCUUAACGAUGUGGGUGAAUCUCAACAGAAGAUGAGUAAUGUGCUUGAAAAGAGGAUUGUCAUUAGUCAAUGUUCAGCCAUGCCUGACCCAGAGGCCUCGUCACAUAUGUUGAGGAAACCCACAGUGGACUCUGACUUGUAUGGGUCAAGUGAUGUUCGGUCUGGGGAGGGGAUGUCUAGGCACCAGGGGCCAGUUGGUUGGCAGCCAGGAAACAUCCCGAUCACGAAGGAGUCAGGGAGUGACCUGACAAAUCAGUCUAGGGAGGGGUGUUGCGGUACCGGGGGUCAGCUGGGUCACAUCCAGGUUCAGAAGGAGUCAAGAAAUGACCUGAGUGACCGGUCUGGGGAUGGGGUGUAUAGGUAUAGUGGAUCAGCUGGUUGGCUGCAGAGGCAGCAGGGUCAGAUCUGGGAAGAACAGGAGGAGAAGGUGAAGAUGAAGACAUCCCGAUGGGGAAGAUACCUCAAUAUGGAGGAUGUUGGGAACAGCAGACCGGCUCCCAAGUCUCAUGAUAUGGCAUCUUCUGGUGAUCCUUCAGGAAACACUGCUUCUGAUCAGAAGUAUAAGUUGUGGAACAAAGAUAGAGGUGUAGCAUCAACUGAGAAACAAUCUGAUGACUCCUUGUUGUACAAGGUCCUUGAUUCUAACUGUGAUAACUUCUUUGGUAGAGGAUUAAACUGUGUUCCUAACUCUGUACAACAGCAGUCACACAACUCCUCAUGUGAUGCUGUUGUUGAUGGUGGUGAUGCCAGGACGACAGGCAAGUAUGCAGAUGAAUUUGACGAUAGUUUUGAUGAGGACUGUUUGCAGGAACACAAGGCUAUGCUGUCAAUGGAAGAGACAUAUAAACUGAAAUGUGCAACACAGACAGAAAAUGUAAAACAUUCUCAACGCAGAGGUUCUGAAUACAUUAGAAACACUGAUUCAUCAUUAUCACCAGAUCUGUUCAUAACACAAGAACAGAGUACAAAUUCUGUGUGUAAAAAGUUCAACAGGCCAAUGUGUGUCAACUCAGGAGGAAGUACCAGUGUGCAGAUCACUAGGAAGAUCGGACUCGGCAAGUUCAGGAAUCCGGUGAUGUCUUUCUCAAGCAGCACCCUCAAGGGAUCACAGAGGAGCCUGUGUGGGGAGCUACAGUUCCCCAGCCACUCCGAGGUGGAGGCCAGUGUGACACCCAGCCGCCAAGUGGUCAUCCCAGCCAGGUUCCAGAACCUCCAGACUUACAAGCAGAUCAUCACAGCCGCUCUCAGAGAACACUUGAAUAUUACGUUGUUUGAGCUGUCGAAGAUUUAUCACAGUGCUCUGGGCAAAGUGGACGUAACACAGUACUCCGGAGAUGGAGGAAGCAGCAAGCUGCCCGGCAUGUCCGCCACCAGCUCCAAUCCUCCAUGUAGGUGUGGCAUCCCCUCCAAGCUGGUGCAGGUCCGGAAGGAGGGACCCAACAAGGGACGCUUCUUCUAUGCCUGUGAGGCUCCCCGAAACCAGCAGUGCAAGUUCUUCCAGUGGAUGGACCAGCCCAGCAGGACAGGAGGGGAUAAGACCGCAUCUGCUGCAGGUGUGACCCGAGCCACCCUGGGUAGCCCUGACAGCAUCACCGCCUACAUCCGCGGCCACUCCGUCACCUUCUACUGUCAGUGUCUGUAUCUACACAAAUACAGGGACAACUACAACAAGCACAGGAAGGGCAUCCCAGCCUGGGUGAGACAGAGACAGGAGGAGACCAGGAAGAAGAGUAUGUACAUCAAGCUCAGCAAGAAGGAUGCAUCCUCCUACUACGCUAAGGCUUGUUUCUGGUUCCUUGGCUUCUCUCCUCUAUACACUCACUCUCCUCUCCUCUCCUCUCCCACCUCUCUCCACUCCACACCUCUCCACCCCUCUCCUCUCCACACCACCUCUCCGGCUCCACCACACCUCUCCUCUCCACACCUCUCCACUCCCUCCACUCCUCCUCUGCUCCUCCUCCUCCCUCCGCUCCGGCUCCUCUCCUCCUCUCCUCUCCACUCCACUCCCACCUCCACACCUCUCCACUCCACACCUCACCCUCUCCACCUCUCUCCCUCUCCCUCUCCGCUCCCACACCUCUCUCUCCACUCCUGGCUCCUGCUCCACCUCUCUGCUCACUGCUCCGCUCCACUCCACUCCACUGCACACCUCUCCAAUCCACACCUCUCCACUCCUCUCCUCUCCACACCUCUCCUUUCUAUUCCGCUCCGCUCCAUACCUCUUCACUCCGCUCUGCUCCACUCCACACCUCUCUACUCCUCUCCUCUACACUCCUCCCCUCUCCACUCCACACCGCUCCACACCUCUCCUCUCUCCUCUCCUCUUUCUUCUCCUCUCUUCACCACUACCACGCCAUAUAACCUACUAUAUGUUUCUCCAGAUGACAUAUGGGUGGUGUCACAGUCCCUGAUGUUUGAACCCAGGAAGACGUUCAUCGCUCGCAGUGUCUACUUUGGACCCAACUCUGGCAAUGAGGUGGAGAUAGAACCAAUAUCUGGAUUCUCCCCUUCCAACUGGACCAACAACUGUGAGUGUCAUGCCAUGUUGACGGGGAACGCAUCAACUGAGCUGGCCUGCCUGGGGAAUCUGGAGGAGCACGUGCAGCUGUCCUGUCUCCCCGUACUGCCCUACAUCCUUGGACAGCCUGACUGCGGGACGGGACGGGUUAUUUUCAACACGGACUGCCAGAUUCUCAAAUUCUCCUGCCCGACGGCCAGAGUUGAAGAUGAUCAGCGACAAAGACUGGCAGCACCCUCCCAUACCAGGCUGUGCACCCCAGGCCACUUCAUAAUGAAGCUGGCAGAGGAGUACCUGAGUCGGUUCCAGCUGAACAAGGAUCAGUCAGAGGCCCUGUGGAGGGUGGCUGCCAUGAUGAACAAGGAUGCUGCCUCGUCAGAACCUGUCCUGUUGAUUCAUGGUGUGUUUGGGGCCGGGAAGAGCUUCCUGCUGUCAGUCAUCAUCAGGUUCCUUGUGGAUGUUUUUGACAAGAAUGACUCAUACUCACCGGAUGUUCCAUUUCCAUGGAAACUGCUUAUCUCCUCAACAACUAAUGUGGCAGUGGACAGAGUGCUCAUGGGUUUGCUCAAUCUUGGAUUUGAAGAUUUCAUUCGUGUUGGAAGUGUGAAGAAAAUUGCAAAGCCUGUCCUACCAUAUAGUGUCCAUGCCUCGGGGUCAGACAGCCAGGAGCUGAAGGAUCUGCAGGAGAUGCUACGUAGUGACAUCCCCCCAGGGGACAAACAGCUGGUGCGUAAGAGCAUAGAAAAGCACAGACUUGGAGAAAACAAGAAGAAACUAGGCGGAGUGCGAGUCGUGGGGGUGACCUGUGCAGCCAGCAGCUUCAACUGCCUCCACAACAUGCAUUUCCCAUUUGUGGUGCUUGAUGAGUGCAGCCAGAUGACAGAGCCGUCAUCGCUGCUGCCGAUAGCCCGGUUAGCUGAGAAGCUGGUGCUGGUGGGAGACCCCAAGCAAUUGGACCCGACUAUACAAGGCUCUGAGGCAGCCCACAGUGAUGGCUUGGAACAGACUCUGUUUGACAGGUUAAUGAAGUUGGACUACUGUCCGGGUGCAGCUGCGGACUCAGUACCGCUGUCACCCACGCACAGUGACAUCGCCAACACCUUGUUCUACAGUGGUCAGCUGUGUGAUGGAGUGGCAGAGGACUGCAGACAGCCUCUCUCUCCUGUUUUCCCAACCCUGUGUUUCUAUGAUGAGGCGGGAGGGCAGGAAGUGACUGACGGCUCGGGGAGCUACUACAACGAGAGUGAGGCAAGGCUGGUGGUGCUCCUGAUCCACGCCCUGGUGAUGGUGGGGGUGGAGGCUGGGAGUAUCGGGGUCAUCACGCUGUACAAGGCUCAGAUGUACAAGAUCAUCACAAGUCUACACACAGACAACCCUGCCGUCAACAAGGAGCUCAAGUGUGUCCAGGUGUCCACAGUGGAUGCCUUCCAGGGCGCAGAGAAGGACGUCAUCAUCCUCUCAUGUGUCCGCACCAACAACAUUGGCUUCAUAGACAGUGACAAGAGAGCCAAUGUGGCACUGACACGUGCCAGACAUCACCUGUUGAUUGUGGGCCACCAGAAGAACCUGUCUCGCAACAAACUGUGGUCUCGGGUCAUACAGCUCUGUAGAGCUCAUCCUGGAGGUCUGCAGACAUCUUCCACAGCUUCAGUGGAGCUGGCAGCAUUGGUGGAGGAGAGACAGAGUCAGACACUAACCGGGUCCUCUCAGGAGGGGCAGGACAAGGACAGCAUGGGACAGGGAAAGAAGAAGAGGAGGAGUAGGAAGAGGAAGAGAGGCAAGGAGGAGGAGGACAGUCCCCCCAUGUCUCUGUCAGGGCAGGGUCUGGACAGUUCAGGACGGAGUGUGGAAGUUCUGACUCCACCAGAUGUCCCUGUGAAUGACAACAACGUCGCUGGUGCGGAGGCUGCUGAUGCAGGGAUCGGUCAGAAGAUGCUCCUCACAGAAAACUUUGUAUUAUCAGAAUGUUCUGUAAAUACUCUCAGCAAAGACUGCGGCAAGUACAAGAGACCACGACGCUCUCACUUGCUAGAUCCUGAUGUGUUCCUGGAUGACAAGAAUAACUCAAGUGAUGAAGAUUUGCCAUCAUAUAUAUGACAUCCAGGGUGAAGUGAUGAAGAUUUGGUAGAUUCUGAAAAAGAUCAUCAUCUUCAUAAUCAUGAAGAUUUUGCAGCAUCAUGGGCUGAAGCAUGGGCUGAAGUGAUGAUGAAAUUUUCCAUCUAUAUAUGCUCAUCAAGCAG